AUGACUAGACUGUGCAUCAAUCAACUUGGCCUCCCAUUUGUCCCUACCGUCGUGAAUGUGGCUCUGCAAGUCGACCACAAGGAACUUGAGUGCCAGAGGGCCCAGAUUAACAAGCCUUGUUUGGAGGCUGCCAGAUUCACUCAUUCAUCCCGGCCCUCACACCGCCGGUCACAUCACCAGCCUUACCGCAACCAGUCGGGUCGGCUCGUGGCAGUACCGUUCGCCGAUAGGUCCGUGGAGCUUUCCAGGCAAUCUUCGAACUCCCGGGAGUCCAGGGUAAGCAAACAACGUCGCCUCCAAGAUUGUGUCGACCUGGAUUCUGCCGCAGACUGGGUGUCCGAUUCAGUACUCCCCGAUUCCCCAUGCUCACUUCGAUCAAAGUCUAGUUCAGAAGUCUUAGCGGGUCUUGCAGUUAAGCCGGUUGGCAACGGUGAAGUGGCUUCAGUCAACUUCUGCAAAGGAGCAGACGCGCUCGAUGGUCUCAGCAAAGUGGAUGCUUCAAGCGGCGUUGGUUCUGGUGGCGAUGAUGGUGGUGGUGAUGGUGUUGCCUCUGGCACUGGUGAGACUGAAAGUGAUACUGUUGGUCCCAGGGCUGGUACUACCGAAAGUCAGCAAAUCAGGGCUACAGAUGUAGCAGAUGUAGGCGUCAGGGUUGGUGAGACACAAGAUCAAGUUAUGCACUGCGCAGAGUCGGUCUCUUGCACUCCUGGUCCUGAAGGUGAACAUGGUCACGUGUCGUCCUCCGACCAGACCCAUCAGUCUCACCGGUCACGACCAAGACCACGAUCACGGCCACCACCUUUUCCACCCUCGACAACGUCGACAUUAAUUUCGAUGCCCGCCUCACCGCCUCACAUUCGGAACUCUCCACAGACGAAAGGUCAAACUGACGCCCCUCAGUUGGCCAAACGAAGUGCUGCUCAAGCCUUCGUCAAGCCUCAGGUUCAAGCGCAAAAGACGGCAGUUCUUACGGGCAGAUCGCUGGCCGAUCUAAUCCAACGGAUUGCCGCUCCCAACGUCAAUGUUGUUCAUCUUCCUCAGGUAUGCAAGCCAAGAUGGUAUGUCCUCGUUCUUGCAGGUCUUCCUGACACUACGGCCGAAUUGCAAACCAGUCACGACUCUGGAGAGUCCUGA